AUGAAAACGCAAACUGCCUUGUUAGUGCUCACGGUUCUGCUGGGCUGCUGUUAUGCUCGUGAUCCACGCUGUCCUGAAUCCAACGAUCCGGCAAUUGUGCUUCAUUUUUCACAUCCAACCGACUGCAGUAAAUACCUGACCUGCAAUUGGGGUACUUUGGUCGAACAGCAGUGUCCGAGUCCACUUCUGUGGAAUGACGAUAGGAAAUUCUGCGAUCAUGCUUUCAACGUGAACUGCGGUGGAUCAACGGCCACGACUGCAGCUACCAGCACCGCAGUUCCUUCGCAGCCUACCACAGUUCAGCCACAGUCCACGAGCUCUGCCACACCAUCUGUUGGCACGACGAGUGCUCCUAUUGCGGGAAAAUGUCCGGAAAAGCACGAUCCUGAUCAACCGAUAUUUUUACCGCACAGUGACUGCACCAAAUUUUACAUCUGCAGCUGGGGUGGAGCCGCUGUCGAGAAGAGUUGUCCACUCGGAUUACACUGGAAUGUAAAUCAAAAUUAUUGCGAUUACCCGGAACAGGCCGGCUGUGGAGCAGGAUCUAUCUCAACAGUCUCAACUGAGGGUACAACUGGCUUGGUUACAGGUACAACUGCUGCAGCCUCCAGUCAGGCACCCUAUCCGGAUGAGUGCCCGCCCGUAUAUGACCCGAAUCAUCAAGUUUACUUCCCGCAUGCCGAUUGUACAAAAUAUUACAUUUGUACCUACGAAGGUACUAAGCUGGAGCAGAGCUGUCCUCCAACGCUCCACUGGGCUCAGCAUUUGAGCUAUUGCGAUAGGCCGGAGGCUGCACGGUGCCAGGCGUGA